AUGGAUCCUUUGGAAGGCGAGGAGAUCAAGGGAUUUAAAAUUGGCGAAAAGACUGUGGAUGUUGAGCACCUGAGACAUCCACAUAGCCGUGUGGUCCCAGGUCUGCAUGGCAACGAAGAAUCGGGGCAUGGGGGUUUGUUGCGCACUGACAAACGUCCAAAGGGCCCGGAUAGCAAGGAUGAGGAUUUGGUUCAGGAGGCGACUGAUCUGAAGAAGAAACAACAGGAGAUACUUGAGGGAGACAAGAAGAAGCAUUGA